GAGAAAAUUUGUUCGCAAUUAAUGAGCAGAAUUAGUAAAUGCAAUGGAUUCAGCAUAGCAACAUUAGACAAUAUUAAACAACGAAUAUGUUUGUCCCUUAUUAUCCCUUUAGAUUAUAUUUCCUUUUGUAUAUUUAAAUUAUUUGUAAUAUCCUAUAAAUUAUUUCAUUAUGUCUGCAAAUGCUCAAUUCGCAAAUCCUCCACCAGCUAUAAGUUUACCUAAUAUGUCAGUGCCACCACCUGCCACUCCAAAUUUGUCAGCUCCGCCUCCUAAUUUAACUACCAUAAACACAUCUGGAAGCUACCAACAUCGGUACACUAAUCACAGAGAUGGGGCCCGUGGUUUCUUUAAGCCAUUCAGGCCUUAUCAUGCUCCAAAAAUUGUUGCUGCUGGCCAGGAUAGUUUGCAAGAUGAAUUCGAUGGGAAAAGACUUAGGAAAUCUGUUAUGAGAAAAACUGUUGAUUAUAAUUCUGCUAUCAUAAAGAGCUUAGAGAAUCGAGUAUGGCAAAGGGACUAUAGAGACAGACGUGCUCUUCAGCCGGAUGUAAUGUAUUAUCCUGACUUACUCCCACCACCCAGUUAUGUUGACAAUCCAAUAAAUGCAGUCACAACAAGAUUCGUGAAGACAGCAACAAAUAAAAUGCGAUGUCCUAUCUUCUGUAUGGCUUGGACACCAGAGGGUAGACGUUUAGUCACUGGUGCAUCUAGUGGAGAGUUUACCCUCUGGAAUGGCCUUACCUUUAAUUUUGAAACUAUUUUACAGGCACAUGAUAGUCCAGUGAGAACAAUGGUGUGGUCGCACAAUGAGAGCUGGAUGGUUACAGGAGAUCAUGCAGGCUACGUCAAGUAUUGGCAGAGCAACAUGAACAAUGUCAAGAUGUUUCAGGCUCACAAAGAAGCGAUUAGAGGACUCAGUUUCAGUCCAACGGAUCAUAAACUGGCAACAUGCAGUGAUGAUGGAACUGUCAGAAUUUGGGACUUUCUUCGGUGUCAUGAAGAACGAAUUUUGAGGGGUCAUGGAGCUGAUGUGAAGUGUGUACAUUGGCAUCCUCAAAAAAGUCUAGUCAUCUCAGGAAGCAAAGAUAACCAGCAACCGGUCAAACUAUGGGACCCAAAGACUGGGCAGUCUCUUGCAACUUUACAUGCGCACAAGUCGACUGUGAUGGAUGUUAAGUGGAAUGAGAACGGAAAUUGGUUGGUGACUGCAUCGCGGGAUCACUUGCUCAAGCUGUUCGACCUUAGGAACUUAAGCCAAGAAGUUCAAACGUUUCGUGGUCACAAGAAAGAAGCUUCCAGCGUCGCGUGGCAUCCGAGUCAUGAAGGCCUGUUCUGUAGUGGUGGCAGCGACGGAGCUAUUUUAUUCUGGCAUGUUGGAGCGGAUAAGGAAGUGGGUGCAAUAGAACAAGCUCACGACAGUAUAGUCUGGACAUUAGCUUGGCAUCCAUUGGGACACAUUCUCUGUUCCGGUAGUAACGAUCACACUUCAAAGUUCUGGACACGAAACAGGCCUGGCGACUUGAUGAGAGAUAAAUAUAAUCUCAACACAUUACCUGCAGGAUCCGCUGGAGUUGAUGAUCACGAAAUAGCUGACGAGGCAGCUGUAAUUCCUGGUAUGGGACCAGAAGACAGGAUCAACGCCGACGGUGAACCAGAAGAUAAAAGCGGUGGAAUUCCUGGGUUGGACUUGGAUCACGCUGUCGACGAAGGGAAAAAGUUUGCGAACAAAAAAGUUCCAUACAGCAAACCAAUCCCAAGGAAUUUCCAAGCUCAAUGGAAUGAAAUGGAGGCAGAAGAUAUGGAGCAAGUGGAGGCUUUGAAUGCAUUUGUGAAUCAGUUAAUUGAAACUACUCCAGGAGCAGUACCUCUGAAUGAUGUCACACCUAAUGGUAUUAUAUUAUAUGGAAAAAUGAUUCCCGUUGAACCUGGUUCCAAGUUAGCAGAGGCAAUUAGUAAAGGAAAUGACGCCAUAAAUAAAUUAGUAUUCUCUGGAGAGAUAGAAGAGCUGCGCGAUGUUGUUGGCCCGCCAGACAACGUGGACGAGGCCGAGGAAUUUUUGCAGGAUGACGGCGAAAUAGAUUAUUCGAAAGUUCCCGACAUCGAACUUCCUCCACCUUUACCUAGUUCUAAGUUCGCACAAAACCCGGAAUUGCUUAAAGCCCUGAAUCGCGGUGGGAAACGGAAAUUCGACCAGCUGAUCGGUUGGAGCGACGGUGGAGCUAGCGAUCGAACGUCCAAGAUUCAUCAGCCAGUAUUCGGCGGGGUGAUGACGGAGGAUUCACAAUCCAGCGAUACCGACUUAAGAUACACUGGAAGCAAAACGAACCAACAUUCGAACGAAAAUAAUUCUUUCCAUACCGGACAAGAUGAGGAUCUCAGGAAACUUCCUCACGGUGAUAUGGCAAGAAAUAUGAAUCGUGGUGACGAAGAUUUACGAUUUAACAUAUCCAGUGGACCCGGUAGGCCUAGUUCGCGUUCUGAUUAUGAUGUCAGAAGUAAUUAUGCAGACAAAGACUUCAGGAGUUCGCAUGGAUUUCCCUUAAAGAAGCCUUUGGACAAUGACAUUUACGACGACAGAGAUCGGGAUGGUGGUUCGCGAUGGGACGAUGAAAAAUCGAUGAACGAUGGCCCUCGGAAAGGGGACAGUAGUUUCUCUAGUAGUUUCGACAAACGCGAUAAUAUGCCGAUGGGUAUGGGCCCCGGCAUGAGUAAUAAUAUGCCCCACUUAAGCAACAGCAUAUCUCACAUGUCCAGUCAUCACAAUAUGCAAAAUAUUAAUCCGAAUAUGCCUCCUCCUAUUCCAAGUUUAGUGUCACAUUCAAAUAUGUCUCAGCAUCCUAUGCAGAAUAAACCUUUACAUCCUGGUAUGCAAGGAAUCGAUGGUCCCAUGCACAUGAUGCAUCAUCCCAAUAUGCACCCUGGUUUUGGUCCGAACGGACCACCCCCUGGAAACUUUGGUCCCAAUUUCAGACCACCGAAUGGCAAUUUCGGUCCGAAUCAACACUUCAGGCCCAGUCCGUUACCUCUGUUCGGAUCGAAUCCAGGACCAUUCGGUAACAGUUUUCAAGGUUUACCGAACUUUAGAGGACCGAACUCUGGACCACCGAAUUUCGACAGACCCGGCUUCGGUCCAGGUUUCCGGGGUCAGAAUCCCGGCCAGAACGCACCAAAUAAUUUUAAUACGAACUUUGGUAACUUCGGAAAUAAGCUUGGACCUAAUCGUGGCAUGAAUCGGGGUCCUAACGACAAUAAUAUGGGCAGAAGUGGGUACAGCAACCGUGGUAGAGGACGUGAUGGUGAUCAAUCGCGUGGUAUCAGAGGAAGAGAUAACUAUUGAAACGAAUGAAGUAUCUUUAUGGUGUUGUUGCCAGACUGCCGUUUGCACUGUUAUGAACCAAUGUUUUGUGCAGGUUGUACAGUUGUCGGUGAAGAACGGCGGUAUUCUGUGAAAGCAUCGCAGUGUAAGAUGAGGACCGACGUUGGAUACGGUGCGAGCCACUUUGCACUUUCUGUUAGGAAACUGAGCGUUGCGUGCUUGAAUGAAAGUAUAUUUUUUUUUGGAGUAACUUUAUUUGGGAGAGCUGAUCUUUUCCGAAGAAGUGACUGAUUAUCCAUUACUAGACGGCUAGAUUUCUAAAUACGAGAUUCACCUCGUCGAAGUAAGCGCGAUCUCUCCGCGUCUUAUAACACUUUCGCGCAGAAUAUACGAAUGUUUACGGGUCGUGCUAGACCGCAAGAAUUGUAAUAUAAUAUAUAACCGAUGACACCAAUAUUAUUUCAAAGAAAAAAACUGUUCACAAGCUGCCUUGCGAAAGAACUUUCUUGUUCCAAUUUGAGAAUUGAUUGGUGCGCGAGGAAAACGAAGGAAGGAAAGAAGCAUGUGGAGCAUGUUGAACGUUUCAUAAUUGUUGCUGGUCGUCAAGAAACUGUGAACCAGAACAGUUUACCUAUCAGUUAUUAAUAAAACGGAGUAAGAUGCAGAAUAAUUUGAAUUGAAGAUCUGUCCCAGAUUUAAUUUAUAGAUGU